AGGGUCCAGUGAGAUUGUUGCAGAGCCAUUAAUAAGACUGUGAAGAUUGCAGAGCUAAUCAAGUUAUAUUGAAGAUGUCUUUCUCUCUUUCACAGUCACUCUUCUCAAACACAUGUAAACAAAGCAUAGGAAUCACGAUGAUUGGUUUUCUGUCUUAUUACUGUCUGGAGACUACCUGUCAUCUAUCGAUGAUAACCAUGACAUUAUCAAAGAAGGAGCUGGAUACAUCCUCCACUGGAUAUCAAUCUCCUCUUCCGGCUGAUCAAGUGAAACCCUUAAAUGAAUUUGAAGAUGAUGGGGCUCCAGUGGCUUCACCAAGGACACAAGGAAGGAGACGAGAUGGUCAAGAAAGGGUUGGGGGUAGAGAAAUUUCUUACUACUCUAAAAUAUAAGGUUUUCAAUUUGAAUAUGUCAACUUUUCGUUUACCUUUACUAAUUAUAUUCAGAAUAAUUAUCACAUAAGCAAUCUACUUGCCCUAGUGGUGCAUCUAAUUACUCCUUUUUGUGCUCAGUUCAUGUGAAAAUCUUGCAUCUACUUUCCUUUUUCUUUGGCCAUUAUAUAUUGUUUUAUUUUGGUUUUAUUGUUGCAUUGAUCUUUGAAUCUUUGCAUCCAUCUCUUUCUAGUUUGUUGACUGUAUGUGCACUUUCUGGAGCAUUUAAAUAAUUAAAACAAGAAAGAAAAUUCUUGUUUCUCUUCGUCACUCUUUGAAACUUCAAUGGAAGUUCCUCUGAUCAAUUGCAGCACUUUUGAAGCCAUCAUGUUGUGUACUGUUGUAUAACUUAGUAAAUAUGCUCACUGGAUGUGUUCUGCCUCUUUGAUGGGUACAGGAAAUUAUGGUGGAGUAGGGGAAUAUAAUGGUGAUGGUUGGAAUGGUGGGUGUAGUUUUGGUGGCAGAGGUUGAGGACAUGGAAAAGGUCCUUUCCGGGGUCGAGGACGAUACUAUGGUGCUGGAGGCACUAUGUCUAUGACUAUGGUGACUCCGAUGCACCGCAUGCCCAAUGUCAUGGCCAUGGCCAUGGCAGGGGAAGGGAGGGCUGUGGGCGCGGUUGUCAUAUCUGUUCGGAUGGCCCGGUCCAAGCAAACACCGCUUGAGAAGCAGACAUCUUGUAGUAGUUGUGGUGUCGAACAUGAUAUGUGGAUACCUGCUCUGCUUGCGGCUUGAUGAAGUUGACAAUACUUAAGGGAAAUUGUCGUGUUUCAAGCAGCGAAAUUAUUACAGCCAUGGUGCUUGCAGUUUUGUCAUUUCUAAUUGUGGUGUAGGAAUUUUUUUUUCAGUGAUUCUGACAAAGUCUUUAUUCUUUUCAACCCCUAGAAAAAGUUGUACAAAUUUACUCUUUUUUAUAGGAAAUAAAGAGAGCAGUACAUUCUUUUAUUCUUAAAAGUACAUUUGCAUGC